AUUUUUUUUGGCUAUCAAACCCGCAUAAUAAAACUGCAGUUAUAAUAUUUUAGAAAUACCACACGACAAGCAUGGUCACACGCAUUGAAGCUACAUACAUCCUGUGACAUCUUUCUGUGAACCCAUCAUGGUGUGACAAAUUUGUUUUGUAGCAAAAAUGGAUAGCAUACAGUAUGGCGCCCUUCGAAACAUGUUAUUGCUCGACUUGCUGGAAGGUGAACGCAGUAUCAGCAACGCGUUAUUUCCCGACCACAACAACUCCAACCAUCUGCUGGCUGGACCAGCGAGGUGUGGAAAAACAUCUUUGCUAUUCGAAUGCGCUUUUUACGCGGCUGAAAACAACAUAAAUGUUUUGUUUAUCACUCGGCGGAAGUUAAAGGAACUACCAAGGUUUGUUGAUGAACGUAACCAACCUAAUUUCCAGACUCUAAAGCUGAUCGAGAUUGUGUAUCCAGCGACGGCUAAAGAAUACUUGAAAUUUAUAUCCACGUGCCAUCUGAAAAAUAAAAAGUACGGACUUAUUUUGGUUGACAAUUUGGAUGCGUUUUACAGGGAGUCAGCCACGGUCAAUAUUAAAAUGGCAGCUAAGCUGUGCGCACAUACGUAUGAUACCAUCACACAUCUAAGAAAGGAAGGAUGUGCUACGUUCUUGUUGUGUUCCGUAACAACGCGUCCAAACGCUUAUCAAGAUGGAGCGUUAGACGUUCUGCAGAAUUGGCUGGGUAAUCUUCUACUUGUUUAUCCCCAUCAUAGUGGAGAUGGGUUUGUUAUUAAAAGCGAAAGCAAAUACGUUGAACAUGAAUCAAAUGAUGACGUCAGCAUUCAAGGCGUUCGAGCUAUUUUUAGAGACGAUAAAAUAUAUUUACAAUGAAACCGGUUGCCGAAAAUACAUUAUUUAGUUUUAUCGGAUGUUAUUAUUAUUAUUUUUUAUUUGCUUUGCUGUUAAAUAUAAGUUAUAAUUGAAGCUAA